UGCGCAGAAGCAGUAGCAGGCCACGACCUUACUCGGCGAUACUCGGUAUUUCCUCUGAGCGCCUUUAGAAUAUUAGCUGAACAACUUGUCAAAUAGAAAAGUUUUUGCGAACUUUAUCACCGAGUGCAAUAAGUUGAGAUGACGGAGUACAAGCUGGUAGUUGUUGGAGCUGGCGGCGUGGGGAAAAGUGCUUUAACAAUACAACUGAUACAGAACCAUUUUGUGGAUGAGUAUGAUCCAACUAUUGAGGAUUCAUAUAGAAAGCAAGUAGUAAUAGACGGUGAAACAUGUUUGCUGGAUAUAUUGGACACAGCAGGACAAGAAGAAUACAGUGCUAUGCGAGAUCAGUACAUGCGCACAGGGGAGGGCUUCCUCUGUGUUUUUGCUGUAAAUAAUAGUAAAUCAUUUGAAGAUAUUAACCAAUAUAGGGAGCAGAUUAAACGAGUAAAAGAUGCCGAGGAAGUCCCUAUGGUUUUGGUAGGAAAUAAAUGUGACUUACCACAGCGAACAGUAAGCACAUCUGAUGCCCAGGAACUAGCAAAAAGCUACAAUAUCCCUUUUCAAGAGACCUCUGCAAAAACUCGGCAGGGGGUGGAUGACGCAUUUUAUACACUUGUCAGAGAAAUCAGAAAAGACAAAGAAAAGCGUGGACCUCCAAAACCAAAGAAAUCAAAGAAAAAAUGUAUCAUCUUAUAAAGGACCUGCUAUUUCCAUCCUUCACCCUGCCUACCCUAAUGCCAAUACCCCGUCAGCAUGCUAAAGCUGCACCAAUGACUUCAUAUUUAUUUUUGUAGUGUGAUUCUAAUUGCAGCUUUAUGAUUGGCAUACAUCCUCUUGGAGACAUAACUUGCCUAUAUAAGUUUGGUUGCCAUUGAACAGUAUAAUUUAGUCAAUGAAUAGAUAACUGGAAUUUUGAAAAGAAUGCCUUUAUAAAUGAUGUCACUAGGGUAUAUUCUUGGAAAAAGGGGAUCUAGAACAAGCAUUUGCAGUAUACCUCAUUAUGUUACAAUGCCAAUACUAGUGAGAUAUGUGGACCACAAUACCUGAUAACCCAUAGCAUACAGCCCGUCAAUCAAUAGUUACAGUGUAGAUUGUAUUUCUGUAUAUAAAAAAAUGUGUUGAGGGAAAUGCAUUUCGUAGCACUAGCUCUUUCAUGUUGAUGUGAUAUAGGCUACAAAAAACUUUGUAUUCAUAAGCAUAGCGUCACUGUCAAAUUCUUUGCCCGUCAAUUUGAUAAGGUUUGUAAAAAGGUCUUUAUAUAAGCAAAACAUUUUCAUUAAAUCAGUUUAAUGCAUUUUACACUACAAGCAGGUUAUAAGGUCACUCAGCAUAAAAUUUCCUAAUAGCUCUUGACAUUAUGUGAUAGUAAUUGUCUGGCUUAUGUUAGUGAUGAUUAUUAUGACAUCAGAGGGGCUCUGCCAUGGGAACUUUACCAAGCAGCAUUUUUGUGGUAUGCCUCGGCUGGUUCCCAGGCUUCUCAAUAAUGUUGCUACACAGGCAACCCAAUGACAGAUAUUAGAGACUACACUCGGUAGCAAACCAUUACCGAAAUUUAAAAAGCUUUUGUUUUACAGUUGGUGAUUUGAAUGGAGAAGAUCACUUAAAUUAUACUUCAAGUAUCAACCCCAAGCACUCUGUUUUUAGAUUAUUGUAUCAGAAGUAGAAAUAAUAACAAAUUAAACUUUCUUUUAGUGUUAA